CCCCCUUACCCAGCCUGCGAAAAGCGCAAAAAAAAGGAGUCUUAUUAGAAAGUGACGAGGAAAAAGUUCCAAAUAUAAUAGCUACGCAAGAAACAACAUUUCGAAAACAUGCCAACCAAGCCAGAACGCACGAUAGGGUUUAUUUGGCCCAAAGAUCCUCGUCCCGGAAACCCUCCACGAUGGCCACGGCACUGGCGAUUUCUCGAUGUCCUAUUCAACAAAGGCCCUGAUAUCUUCGUCGGUACGCUUGAUGGGCCAAAUGCGACGCCGCGUACUGCCCGUUGGUCGCGCUGGCAGGACUUGUACGGUCAUCCGGAUGAUGGUGAAGAGGAGACCCGAGCUCCUUUUCCUGGGGCAGAUCGUGGGUUGAAGAGAUAUGAUUUCAGAACGAGAAGAUAUAAGAUCCCCGACGAAGCGACAUGGAGUUAUGUGCAAUACUGCGACGAUGGAAAGCGUGGAUGGGGACGCGAUGAUAUCGUGCACGAGGUGCCCCAGUACUUUUGGGAUGUGAAUGGCGCUGCGUAUCCGGCUUGGGCUUGGCAUGAUCUUUAUUAUGGCCAAGAUGCCGACUACCAAUACCGAAUCUGAGGGGAUAUGGAUUUUUAAAGG